CUCAUCUAGGUUUAAAUAUUAGAGUGCCUCGAUUAACGGAUCUGCAGGAUCCGCCUAAUGUCAUUAAUCAACGUACCUACCCAGAUAGGUUCACUCCAAGAACCACAUCAACGGGACCGACUAUGCCAAGACAGCCUAUGUCAGCUGAAGCUGUGAUUGAUGACACGGUUGCAGGAUCAUCGGAAAAUGCGAGUGCUUUAGAUGACACUUUAAUAAUCUCAUCGGAUAGUGAUGAUGAAGAUUACUUCAUUAACUUCUUAGUAACUUCAGUGACUGAUCGCCGUGCGUCCACACCAUCUGGCUUAACUUUCAACAAUUCUUCUGCGUUUGAGCCAUCCGGUUCUAGUUCUUCGAUGGUAAAUUUGUCAAGUCGUAGGAUGUCAGAGUCUAGCCCGUCGACGUCUGGCUUAACAGUCAACGAAUCAUCUGCGUCUGCCCCCGCCGGUUCUAGCCCGGCGAUGGCAAAUUUGUCAAGUUCUAGUAUGUCACAGUCUAGUCUGUCAACGUCUGGCUUAACAGUAACUCAAAGUAACUCAGCAUGUGACGACGAAGAGAUUAUUCCGGAAGGGACAAGCAUAUGCUGCUGCUGUAGAUUUCGGGCUGCUGUCUGGGCAUUUAUUAAAUGCGGUCAUUUAUGUCUUUGCAAUGAGUGCAAUCGAAAAAUUGGAGAUCGCUGUCCACUCUGUCGUGAAAAAUCACGAAAAAUUAAAAUAUUUACCAAUCAUCCAUAG